UUCAGCUUAUAAGGCUAAAGGGAUGUAUGCUUUGAGGAGCAAACAUCAUUUUACAUCUGUGGGUGGGAGUUUAGGUUAGCUAGCUUGUGAAAUAAUCAUGGCAGCUCCCAUUUCUAGCUCCUCCUUCCUCAUGAGGUAUAUCAUUUGUUGCUCUGGUUUUCUAUGCCUAAUUCUGUGCUCUUUGGAGAAGGGCUUUGCCUUGGAAGAAAGAGAACAUGCUCACACAGUUGAAGUCAAUUCUCUGCUGCCUGCAACCACCUGCAGCUCCUCCUCCUCCACCAAAGGUCAUAUGAGCAAGCAUGCAUCAUCAUCAGUGCUGAAAGUGGUACACAAGCAUGGCCCAUGUUCCCGACUCAAGAAGCACAAAUCCAAAACUCCAACUCAUGCUCAAAUCCUCCAGCAAGACCAAGCCCGAGUCAACUCAAUCCACUCCCGAGUCAACUCCAAGAAGCAAUUGAAAAGCGUCGACGAUCUACGCGAAUCGGCGGCCACCACCAUUCCGGCCCAGUCCGGAAGCGUCGUCGGAGCGGGAAACUACAUAGUCAACGUGGGCCUGGGCUCUCCCAAGAAGCAGCUAUCGCUCAUUUUCGACACGGGCAGCGACCUCACUUGGACCCAAUGUAGACCAUGUGUAAAAUCUUGUUACAAACAGAAAGAGCCCAUCUUCGACCCUUCUCUCUCCGCCUCCUACGCCAACGUCUCCUGCACCUCCGCCACGUGCACUCAGCUGGGUUCGGCCACUGGAAACACCCCCGGCUGCACCGCCUCCACGUCCACCUGCAUCUACGGCAUCCAGUACGGCGAUCAGUCGUUCUCCGUCGGCUACUUCGGCAAGGAGAAGCUGAGCUUGACGAACACAGACGUGUUUGAUGGGUUUCUGUUCGGGUGUGGCCAGAACAACCAAGGCCUUUUCGGCGGCGCUGCCGGUUUGCUCGGUCUCGGCCGAAACCAAAUCUCCCUUGUGGAACAAUCGGCUAAAAAAUACAACCGGUUCUUCUCCUACUGCCUCCCUUCCACCUCGAGCUCCACCGGCUACCUCAGCUUCGGCAAAGGCGGCGGAUCUUCCAACGCCGUCAAGUUCACGGCCCUCUCCACCGUCUCCCAAGGCGACUCGUUUUACGGCCUCAACGUCGUCGGGAUCAACGUCGGCGGGACUAAAUUGCCGAUUUCGGCUUCGGUCUUUUCGUCUUCGGGAACGAUCAUAGAUUCCGGAACGGUGAUCACGCGGCUGCCGCCGACGGCGUACAGCUCGUUGAAGGCGGCGUUUCGUCAGAGGAUGAAGAGCUAUCCGCUGACUCAGGAGCUCUCGAUACUCGACACUUGCUACGACUUCAGCAGCUUCAAAACGGUGUCGUAUCCGAAGAUUUCGUUCGUGUUUGACGGCGGGCUUACGCAGGACUUGGACGCGACGGGGAUACUGUACGUGGCGAGCGCGGAUCAGGUUUGCCUGGCGUUUGCAGGGAAUGGGGACGAUAGCGACAUUGGGAUUUUUGGGAACGUUCAGCAGAAGAGGCUGCAGGUGGUGUAUGAUAUUGCUGGUGGAAAGGUCGGAUUUGCCCCUGCAGCAUGCCCCUGAGCUAUGGCUAUAUUAUUAUGCAAUGCAUGCAGCUACCCAGCUUUGCUAAUGAAGAAGACAAUCUUGGAGUUAGCACAAAUGGGGCUGUUAUAUUAAUAUAAAGACUACUUAAUUAAGGCUAGUUUUAAAUUAGCUUAAUUAAGCUAGCUAAUUAACCCAUUGUUGAUUGAAGAAGAUGAUCAUCAAUUGGUAUAAAAGUAUAGUUGUGAUACAUAUAGACUAAUUGGAACAAGCUAUAGUGACAAUUGGUUUGUGUGUUGGUGUAAUAGCUAGCUAAAGAAUGGAAAGUAUGCAAUGCAAGUUGUACAUAAAUAAAACAAUGUUGGAUUAUUUAGCUAA